AUGAAAUUAACACCAGCUAUUUUACAUGAUUUUUCUCUUGGUGGACAUAUAGCUUCAUUAGCAUUUACAAAAUGGCCUGACCUACCUUCUCGACAAUUCUAUGAGAAUAAAGCCUCUCAAACAUUUUAUGAUUAUUUGUGUGAACGAAAUCGAUCAAUAGAUUCAAAUAAAAUUGUUCUCGAUCUUAUUAAAGAUAUGAUGCGUCUUCUUAUGGAUGAAUUUACAUCUUUACAUAAUUAUUCACGCCUAAUUCAAUCAAAUAUACCUAAUGUUAUGUUUAUUGCUUGUACACAUGAUGGUAUUUCACAUAUGAAUGAAGUAUGGCCUGGUAUUCAUAUUCGAUAUAUUCCUCAUGGACAUGUUAGUGCAUUUUUAUUUAAUCAAUCAGGUUUUAAUCAUGCUGCUGCUGAAAUGUUACAACGACAAGAACCAAAUAUAUUUUCUCGAAAAGUAUCAAAUAUUUCCUAG